UUGGUCCGGCGGAAACUGUCCCGGCCGGUGCGGUUUCGGUGUGAGACCCGUGGAGGGCGGGCGGGGAAGAGGCGUGUCGGAGGCUCCCGAGGUGUAGCCGUGCCAGCCUUGCCGCUCAUGCCGAAGAGGGAAGAUUUCAGGUCCACGCCUCCGAGAGCCGCCUCUGCCCGAACACCUACCUCACCCUUGUGCCUGCAGUUAAAGGGGAGGAACCGAAACCUGGAUGGGCUCAAGCAUCUCCCACGGAUCGCUUGAUGACCGCAGCCGAGGCAGGUAAAAGGAUUGCUGUUUCAACUCGGGGAAGCAGUAGCCUCAUUGUCUUUGUAUUUAAACUGUAGCAGCAACUUGGAGAUCAACAAUGAAGCCAUGAUAUCUGAGAACAAAGGAGCAUUUGCCAACUGAAUGUCAGCACAUUGCAUGUGAUGGUAUAAAAACACUGCAGCAGACCUGGGUGUCAGCUAGCACAGCGAGAAUGUUUUCUUCCAAAACUAUUUACUUGAACAAGUUUUAACACAGAUUCUUGAAUUUUAUGUACAUCAAAUGAAAUAGAAAAAUGAGCGAAGCCCCCAGAUUCUUUGUUGGGCCUGAAGAUGCAGAGAUAAACCCUGGAAAUUAUCGUCGUUUCUUCCACCAUGCAGAUGAAGAUGAGGAAGAGGACGAUGAAUCUCCACCAGAAAGGCAGAUUGUGGUUGGAAUAUGUUCCAUGGCAAAGAAAUCCAAAUCCAAACCCAUGAAGGAAAUUUUGGAACGGAUCUCUUUAUUUAAAUACAUCACAGUAGUGGUUUUUGAAGAGGAAGUAAUUUUGAACGAACCCGUGGAAAACUGGCCAUUAUGUGACUGUCUUAUUUCUUUCCAUUCUAAAGGAUUUCCACUGGACAAAGCAGUUGCCUAUGCAAAACUCAGGAAUCCAUUUGUAAUCAAUGACUUGAAUAUGCAGUAUCUCAUACAAGAUAGGAGAGACGUUUAUAGCAUUCUUCAAGCUGAAGGCAUUUUACUUCCUCGGUAUGCAAUUCUGAACCGUGAUCCAAAUAACCCGAAAGAAUGCAGUCUGAUUGAAGGAGAAGAUCAUGUAGAAGUCAAUGGGGAAGUUUUCCAAAAGCCAUUUGUAGAAAAGCCCGUUAGUGCAGAAGACCACAAUGUUUACAUUUAUUAUCCCACAUCUGCCGGCGGGGGAAGUCAAAGGCUCUUCAGAAAGAUUGGCAGCAGAAGUAGUGUAUAUUCUCCAGAAAGCAAUGUGCGAAAAACAGGGUCAUAUAUAUAUGAAGAGUUUAUGCCUACAGAUGGUACUGAUGUUAAGGUUUAUACUGUGGGUCCAGACUAUGCUCACGCUGAAGCCCGGAAAUCUCCAGCUCUCGAUGGCAAGGUAGAACGAGACAGUGAAGGGAAGGAAGUCAGGUACCCCGUCAUCCUCAAUGCACGGGAGAAGCUGAUUGCGUGGAAAGUCUGCCUUGCUUUCAAGCAAACAGUUUGCGGCUUUGAUUUGUUACGUGCUAAUGGACAAUCCUACGUCUGUGAUGUCAAUGGCUUCAGCUUUGUGAAAAAUUCCAUGAAGUACUAUGAUGAUUGUGCAAAAAUACUUGGCAAUAUUGUAAUGCGGGAGCUUGCACCACAGUUUCACAUCCCCUGGUCAAUACCCUUAGAAGCUGAAGAUAUUCCCAUUGUACCAACCACAUCUGGAACUAUGAUGGAACUUCGGUGUGUCAUAGCUGUCAUACGGCAUGGAGAUCGAACACCAAAACAAAAGAUGAAAAUGGAAGUGAGGCACCAAAAGUUUUUUGAUCUUUUUGAAAAGUGUGAUGGCUAUAAGUCAGGGAAGUUAAAACUCAAGAAGCCAAAGCAAUUACAGGAAGUCCUGGAUAUUGCACGGCAGCUUCUUAUGGAGCUGGGACAAAACAAUGACUCUGAAAUUGAAGAAAACAAGUCAAAACUUGAACAACUUAAGACUGUGUUAGAGAUGUAUGGUCAUUUUUCUGGAAUAAAUCGUAAGGUCCAAUUGACCUAUCUCCCUCAUGGCUGUCCUAAAACGUCCAGUGAGGAGGAAGAUAACCGAAGAGAGGAGCCAUCCUUACUUCUGGUUCUAAAAUGGGGAGGAGAACUAACUCCAGCGGGCAGAGUUCAGGCUGAAGAGCUGGGAAGAGCCUUUAGGUGUAUGUACCCUGGAGGUCAAGGAGAUUAUGCAGGAUUUCCGGGUUGUGGCUUACUCCGAUUGCAUAGCACCUACCGACAUGACCUCAAAAUCUAUGCCUCUGAUGAAGGGCGGGUCCAGAUGACUGCGGCUGCUUUUGCAAAGGGUCUGUUGGCUCUAGAAGGAGAGCUUACCCCCAUUCUUGUUCAGAUGGUGAAAAGUGCCAAUAUGAACGGCCUCUUGGACAGCGACAGCGACUCCUUGAGUAAUUGUCAGCAGCGUGUGAAAGCACGGCUUCAUGAAAUACUUCAGAAGGACCGAGAUUUUACAGCCGAGGACUAUGAAAAGCUUACUCCAUCUGGAAGCAUUUCUGUUAUCAAGUCAAUGCAUUUAAUUAAAAAUCCAGUGAAAACCUGUGACAAAGUAUAUUCCUUGAUUCAAAGUUUGACUUCUCAAAUCAGACAUCGUAUGGAAGAUCCCAAAUCAUCCGAUAUUCAGCUGUACCAUAGUGAGACUCUGGAACUUAUGCUGCGAAGAUGGUCCAAGCUGGAGAAAGACUUUAAAACAAAGAAUGGAAGAUAUGAUAUUAGUAAAAUCCCUGACAUAUAUGACUGCAUCAAAUAUGAUGUUCAGCACAACGGUUCCUUGAAGUUAGAAAAUACAAUGGAACUAUAUAGACUGUCAAAGGCAUUGGCAGACAUUGUUAUCCCUCAGGAGUAUGGUAUAACCAAAGCUGAAAAACUGGAGAUUGCCAAAGGCUACUGCACUCCUUUAGUGAGAAAAAUCCGGUCAGACCUUCAGAGGACACAAGACGACGACACUGUAAACAAGCUCCACCCUGUGUAUUCCAGAGGUGUUCUGUCUCCUGAGCGUCAUGUCCGUACCAGGUUAUAUUUUACUAGUGAAAGCCAUGUACAUUCCUUACUAUCCAUACUUCGCUAUGGUGCGUUGUGUGAUGACUCAAAGGAUGAGCAGUGGAAGCGAGCUAUGGAUUACUUAAACGUUGUCAAUGAGCUCAACUACAUGACGCAGAUUGUCAUCAUGCUUUAUGAGGACCCCAACAAGGAUCUUUCCUCUGAGGAACGCUUUCAUGUUGAAUUACAUUUUAGUCCCGGAGCCAAAGGCUGUGAAGAAGAUAAGAAUUUACCGUCUGGCUAUGGGUAUCGGCCAGCUUCCAGAGAGAAUGAAGGCAGAAGGUCUCUUAAACCUGAUGAUGAUGAACCUCAUACUUCUAAAAGAGAUGAAGUCGAUCGAGCUGUAAUAUUGUUUAAGCCCAUGGUAUCAGAGCCAAUUCAUAUACACCGGAAGUCACCACUUCCAAGGUCUCGGAAGGUGCCUACAAAUGAAGAAGAGAGCCCCCUGAGUGUGUCUAGCCCAGAGGGUACUGGUACCUGGCUGCAUUAUACCAGUGGUGUGGGUACUGGGCGUCGAAGACGCAGAUCAGGGGAACAAAUCACCUCUUCCCCUGUCUCCCCCAAAUCAUUGGCUUUCACAUCCAGUAUUUUUGGCUCAUGGCAACAGGUUGUUUCUGAAAAUGCCAACUAUCUUCGAACACCACGAACUCUUGUGGAACAGAAGCAGAGCCCUACUGUAGGGUCUCACUGUGCGGGCCUGUUUAGCACCUCAGUGCUCGGGGGUUCUUCAAGUGCACCUAACCUACAGGAUUAUGCUCGUACUCAUCGUAAAAAGCUGACCUCUUCUGGCUGCAUAGAUGACGCCACACGCGGGUCUGCUGUUAAAAGGUUUUCUAUCUCAUUUGCUCGACACCCAACCAAUGGCUUUGAGCUGUAUUCCAUGGUACCGUCUAUCUGUCCUCUGGAGACUCUUCACAAUGCCCUGUUUUUAAAGCAAGUGGAUGACUUUUUGGCUUCCAUUGCUUCUCCAUCAACUGAAGUUCUACGCAAGGUCCCUGAAAUAUCUUCUAUGGCCUCACGUUCCAGCCCAGGAAUAAGAAGAAAAGUUUCAUUAAAUACGUAUACACCUGCAAAGAUCCUCCCAACGCCACCGGCUACCUUAAAGAGCACUAAAGCAAGCAGCAAAGCAGCAGUCAGCGGACCAUCUACAGCAGUUGCUUCUCAUACCUCAACUCGGAAAAAGAGCUUAACUGGCAAAACUGAAGGGCAUGAACACAAGAAAAGCACUGGGAAGAAAAGAUGAAGUCGCAACAGAAUUGAAAGUUCCAUAUACUUAGAAAGGAACUUGUUGCUUCGCAAAAGAUGUGUAAGAAGCCUUUAUGAAGCUGUUCUAAACCAGUGAUCCAUGUGUUAGCAGACUUUACUUUAUAUACCUGUCUAUUUGCUUUAAACACCUCCAAAGCCAGAGGACCCUCUGUUUUUAUUCCAAUGAAGAGCUUUGGUGGGAUCUAGAAAUGUUUAAAAUAAUGUUUGUCAGCUUUCUGUGUGUGACAAAAUACAUGACAUCUGCUGUUGUUGUCACUGUGAUGCUUACCAUGUGCCUAUGGCAAAGACAAAGGACACAAAAAUCCGGCUGACUGGUACCAAAGUGCACUCUGGUCAGGUGACUCUACAUCCUUACAUCUCCACAAGAUUGCAUUCGGUAGGAUUGGACAGGCAAGAUCACACAUUGAUGACUUUUCUUAAAGUGUAUUUCCAAAGAGAUCUCGUUGACCAUUUACAUUAGAAUUUUUUUCGUUGUUGUUACUAUACCAUAUGCUGCAAUAUUUAUUAACUAGAGAAUAUAGAACAUGAAUUAUUUUUUCAAUUUGUGCUUUGAAUUUUGUAUUGUAAAUUAUUUAAAAUAUUACAAAUACAGGUGGGAAAAUUAUACCUUUAUACACAUAAAUUUGCAAAUUCAUUCAUAGAAAAAUAUUUUCUUUAUACAUUUCUUUACCAUAAAGAGUACUUGGUUCACCAGGAAAACCUUUUUUUUUCUGUAUUAGCAAAAAAGGCAUUUUUAAAGUUUUUUUUUUUUUUCAUGAGCUGUAACUGGUAAGUUUAUGAAUCUUACACUUAAUUUUCAGAGUUUUUCUAUGGACUCAGAUAAAAAAUGGGAGUUGUUGAUGUUAAGCUGAAUUCUGCUGUUACUAAGUGCCAUCUCUGAUAUGUUUGUUGUGUUUCCAUUCUUAUGUUCAAUGUAUUUGUUGAUUUCACCAAGAAAACUCAAAGAUUGAGCAUUUGUAGUAAGUAAAUGUCAUUUACAAAUGAUGAGAUUUGGAGAUCACUGUUGAAAUUUCAUCUAAUAUUUUUACAAAAAGAAGAAAUCACUAUCCUUGGUGCUUUUUCCCCUUUAUGCACAAAUAAUUGUGUGAAACAUUUGAAAUUAUUAACAAAUGGAACAGUGCAGCCUGCUAAAUAAAAGUCAGGAAUUGGAUGUGACAUGACAUAAAGCAGUAAGCUAUAGCCCCAGGCUUAUGUUCAGAACUACUGCACCCUUGUUGUACAAAUAGAGCUAUUAUAAUUCUUCAAAAGUAACUUCUAAUCCUAAAUCAUCCUAUAUGAACUGAUUCGUAGAGAAUAGUUAUUGUAUUAUCUUGGUUGCUUUAAAAGGGAUGAAAUACAAAAGUUAAAAAACUAUAUGUAAUUAAAUAAGUUCGUAUACUUCAUUUGAAUGUAAAUGAAUUAAAUGGAUUAUAUGGUGAUAUAUCUUGUAAACAAUUGAAUGUAUGUUAGUUUUCUGUAUGUGAAUAUGUGGUUAAUGUGCUCAUUUUGGGGGGUGAGGAUACUACUUUUAUUUUUUAAGUGGAAUGAAUUAAAAUUCUUUGUAGAAUAAGAUUGACUUGAAUGUCAAGUGCUUUGUGUUCUUUGUUACUUUUAUGUUUCAAAAUAGAAAGUCCCAAUAACAUUUUAUAUUAUGUAAUAAUUAAUAAAACUUGUUAGUGACCA